UAAAUGCAAUAUCAUUUUGUUCUGUAUCGAACGUUUUGAUCUUGGAAGCUUGAAUUAGUAAUGAAUGGAUGGUAAUGCGUGUUAAUGAUAAUUGCUGCAGGCUUGUUGUUUUUUUGUAUUUAUUAUUUAAUGAAAACAAGGGGGCUAUUUCUACUACCGUACAAGUAUUUCAAAUGGGACAAUCUUUUCAUUUCAGUUCAUUAACUCACAAUUUGAUCUACUGUUUUAACGGCUGAAUUAAAUUGUGUGUUGCAAUUUGACGUUACUUCUGCACUGCCAUCGUUCCCAACGAACAAUUAUGACAGCCGAACGGCACAUUGCGUGCAUCUGUUGAACGACAUAAUUUAGAAUUUUGUUUAGAAAAGUGUUUAUUUCCUAAUUAUGGCUCUUCUAUUUCUCUCUAUCGGUUUUUAUUGCUAAAGUUAAGAUGAUUGAUUUUCGUUUAUUGGCAUUGUGCACAAGAGCAAUGGAAUAAUAUGAAUUUCUAUGCGGUCACAAACAACUAUGGGAUGGGAUAAAUGAAACGGACAAAAGAUGAGAGCCAGUGACAGCUGAAAAUGGAAAACACAAUCAUUCUCGUAGUAUGACUGGACGCGAGUGCGUCGUGUACCGAUCGCGAAAGUUAGUGAGUUUGUGCAAGAUAAGCCCAACAAAACAAACAUCAACAAUGUUGUGAUGUUUGUGGUGCUGUGUUAGACUUAGCUAUAUGCAAAUCUUGCGCUUUCCGUAUUGUGCACCGCUUGGAGAAAAAUUCUAGUGUCCAGAAAUUCGAUGUAAAAUUUAAACCAAACUCAACGUGUGUGAUACCCCCCUUCUGGUAGUGCUCCUCGUAAUCUAAUUGGAUUAAGUUACGGUAUUACGUUGACCAAAUACAUCACACCUGUUUUUUUGGUCAACUCGUUUAUUGCAGCAACGAAAGCAAAUUCGUUGUAAAAUUAUUAAUACUGCGGCAUAUUGCAGUGGUGCAGUAGAGAUCAAGAUCAAGUAGUUUCGUCAAGAAACGGAAAGAGGUAAAAGAUUUUUCCUCCUCGUGGCGUAUUCCCGAGAAUGGAUAUUUCCGAAGGAAAGGAAGGAAAGGUACAGAAGAAACUACGGCCAUCAUUGUGGGAUCUUGUCGCCGACGCUUUUCCAUGUGCGAUCGAUGAAUGAUCGUUCGCCGUUUGGGGUGGAAGAGAAGAUCCGGAGCAGCACCUACCUUUGUGCGGCGUAUACUUGGCCAGAGCAGCGUGUAUAUUAACGUGCGUACAUCACGAGCUUGCGGGCGUGUGUGUGUGUGUAUGUGCGUCUGUGAAUGUAGGGAAAGCAAAUGGCAGUGUGGAAGAAACGACAGGAAGAGCAGAGCAAAAGGUGCAUAAAGUAGCCAACCCACUGUCUGUACCGAAAACGCGAAUGAGUGAGAAACGUAAAGAGUGAGCAAGAAGCAGGAUAAAAAAGGGAAGCGAAAAGUAAGCAGCAGCAAAAGCAAGUUUCACCCCCGGGUGGAAGGGUGGUAAAGAAGUUUUGACCUGGCUGCUUAGAUUGCCGUGUGUGCGAGUGUGUGUAUUGUUGGUGUUUUCACAUUUUGUGGUGUGUGCGGGCGUGAAUGUGUGUGUGUGUGCACUGGUCAAGAAGAAGCCCAGAAGAAAGAGCGAUCGGGGGGUUUGUUUCCCUGUGCGCAUCGAAGUCGCCGUGGCCGUUCUUGAUUGUCCACACACUGUCGGUGUGUGCGUGUUGAGCAGAAAUAAAGCAAAAGUGGAUCCGUUGAGCGUAACAACGGGCGGAAGGGUGGUCCCAGUUCAGUUCGAACCCCGUUUUGCCGUGUGUUUCUUUAGUGGUCGUCGUUCUUAGACGGUGGGGAAUUCGGUGGGUGCAGGUUUUUAUGCAGGUAUACGCGAAAUUAUACCGCAAAAAGGGAGAAAACGCACCAACACAACGCCCCCGGGGGCGAUUGGUAUUAUUAUAGCCCACGCUUGCGUUUUUCGGUGCAGCAGCACCGCGGCUUCACGGUUCCGCCCGUGUCAAGGGUCGUGCGCGGGGUGUCGUGUGAGUUCCUGCCUUCUGGACGCGCUAAAAGCCAGCCGGAAAGUGGACUGUGUGCGUUGUGUGACGUGUGCAGCACAAGAAGCAAUUGCUGGAAGAAGCUUCCAGAGAGCGGCAGGGUUGAAGGAAACCGGAAAAAGGCGUCAGUAGAGAGUAGAAGCGGAAGAAAACAUCGAUUGGACAACGUUUAGCAGCAAAACCAUUUGCUUCUCGUGCUAAACAUACCAAAAACGGAACGGACGCGCAAAAAAAACGGGCGAAAAGAAUCACUUUGAAUGAACGGCCCGGAGUAUCGUUACCGCCGCCGUCACCUUUAGUGCCCAAAUGUGUCGUCGCCAUUAGCAACGCCAAACUGUAGCAGCAAAGCGAGACUGUGGAAAAGGUAGUCCAGACGCGAAAUUAAUCAUUCUGCUGCUGCUGCUUUUCCUCUUGCGGUAGCAAGAUCAUCGAAGAUCAUCGUCAAAAUGUUGCGAUUCCUUAGCCGACGUAAGGGGCGCAGUGCUGCCGCCGACACGGUCGACAGUCAGAUCAAGUCCCAGCGCAUCCCAACGAACAAGAAUUUGAUCCCGUGUCGCGUGAUACUGCUGGACAACACGGACCUUUCGGUCGAUCUUACGAAAAAGGCGAUGGCCAGCGAUCUGUACGAGCAGGUUUUCUAUUCUCUCGAUCUGAUCGAGAAAGAUUACUUCGGGCUACAGUUUACCGAUGCGAACAACGUGAAGCAUUGGUUGGAUCCGACCAAGGCGAUAAAAAAGCAGGUGAAAAUUGGUCCGCCAUACACACUACGGUUGAAAGUUAAAUUCUACUCAUCCGAACCGAAUACAUUGCGCGAGGAGUUAACACGGUACCAGUUUUUCCUGCAGCUAAAGCAAGAUUUACUCGACGGUAGAUUAGAAUGUCCCGAUCCGCAGGCAUCCGAGCUGGCUGCUUUAGCAUUACAGUCGGAACUGGGAGACUUCGAGGAGACCGUACAUUCAGCGGCCACCGUUUCGGAGUUUCGCUUUGUGCCGAAUCAAACCGAGGAGCUAGAGAUCAUGAUACUGGAGGAGUACAAGAAAUGUCGUGGACUCACGCCUGCCCAGGCCGAAACGAGUUUCCUCAACAAAGUCAAAUGGCUGGAUAUGUACGGUGUCGAUAUGCAUACCGUUUUGGGUAAAGACGGUUGCGAAUAUCAUCUCGGUUUGACGCCGACCGGUAUCCUCGUGUUCGAGGGAAUUCAGAAGAUCGGUUUGUUCUUCUGGCCAAAGAUCGGAAAGUUGGACUUUAAGAAGAAAAAGCUCACGCUGGUAGUGGUGGAGGAUGACGAUCAUGGGCGUGAGCAGGAGCACACGUUUGUGUUUCGGCUGCACAACGAGAAAGCGUGCAAACAUCUGUGGAAGUGUGCGGUCGAGCAUCAUGCAUUCUUCCGGUUACGGGCACCGGUAAAGGGUCCGUCAGCGCGGCAGAACUUUUUUCGAAUGGGAUCCAGGUUCCGGUAUUCGGGCAAGACGGAGUUUCAGACCACGCAGCAAAACCGUGCCCGGCGGACGGUGCAGUUUGAGAGGCGGCCAUCGCAACGCUUCGCCCGCCGUCAGUCACACGUGCUCCGUGAGCGCCAGAAGCAGCAGGCACCGCCAUCAUCGUCCACCGCAGAUCUGCUUCACCAGCAGCAGCCUGCCGCUCAUUCGGUCAACAUCGCCACCACCGCCAGCUGUUCUUCGGCCGAUGAGGGCCAGCAUUCCACUUCCGGCACAUCGACACCAUCUGCGAACACGGUGAUACACAACCAUAUGCCGGGUUCGGGUAGCAGCACCUCGGAUAUUGCGCUCGGCGGUGGUGGCAUGUUAGCGUCGGUCAACGGUGGUGGUGCGGGCUUGCUAUCGGUUGGGCUCAUGAAUGGCAAUCUGCCCUCGCUGAGUUCGAACAAAUCCAUCUCAUCGAGUGAAGAUGUGGCGUACGGUAGUAAGCUCGGUUCCUUUGGUAAGGCGGGUCUAACGCACAUGUCCGCCAGUAGAUAUGAUGAAGCAGCCAAACUACCCACCGUCGAGCACGAAAUGAGCACCUUCGGACGGUUUGCCGGUACCAAUCAUCACGGUGGUUCAUUCGGCAAAGCGUCAAUAAGCUCCGGCUUUAGCAUUCACACGACGGCAUCAUCCGAUCGGGAUAGUCAAAUUGAUACACUAUUGAAAACGAUCGCCAAGGAUCCAUCGCCCUCGUUGCACGGAGUGGAGCUAAACGAUGCUAGUAGCUUUAAGAUCACAAUCAACAAGACUUCCGAGCUAGAGACUAACAACGAUACGCUAAAGAAGCUGGCCACGUCACCGCACGCGGAAAAGCCGAACAAUCAGAUCAAACUGUCGAACAGUGCGGCGGCAGCUGCCGGCGGCGGCGUUCCAUUGCCGCCUGGUCAAAUCAAGUGCAAUAUUUUGAAAGCACGCGUUGAGGAAGAAUUGCAUCCGAAGCUUACUAAUCAUCAACUGUACGUGCCGAGUCAGCCACUACACGACGGUCCGGAAUCAUUGAAUGCUGCAACAUUCGUAUCGGUGGGUGGCGACAAGCUAACAUUAAAUCUAACCGGUACGACGACUAUACCUACGGGUGGUAGUAGCCAUACUACGAUUACUACCAUGAUUGCCACACCGAGCGCAUCCACUCGUACGGCCACAUCGCCAAUAGGUGGGCCAGUCUCCAGCAGCAGCUGUUUCCUGCCGGGUCCACCGAUAGCGACAGUUUCCACUGCUUCCGGUGGUGGAGCGGGUCAGAUGAGCACGGUCGAAUCACCUACGCUGCCGUUUAUCAACGGUAUUGCGGCUCUACCGGCACCAUCCCUUACGACUGACACCGUUACGGUUACGCACUUCUCCGAGCAGAAAGGUGGCGUUGUGGAGAAAAUCAGUGUACCUACCAAUUCGCCUACAUCAUCCCCUCUGGGCGGUUCAUUGGUUACAGUCGAUACAAACGGACCAGCCGGAGGUGCAGCUGGUGAACCGGAUAUCGACAAAGUGUUGCUCGCUACGCUGCGAAACAAUGCGAACAAUCCGUUCCUGAAUAUGUCUAGCCCUUCGUCGCCGGUACAGACUAAAUCGACCAACCCGUUCCACAAUCUUUCCGGCGCAUCCUCUUCCCCUCCACCCGCUGUUGGGCAGGUAGAGGACGAGCAGAAUCCGCUGGCCGAUACGGCGUCUGAUAUUGGUGGAGAAAAAUUGACGUCACCAUCUAAUGCACGUGUAUGCGAGUUUAAGAGUAGCAAUCCUUUCAAGAUGGAAACCGAAUCUGAACUGGUGGUUGGCGAAACAAAACAUGCAAUGAAAAAUGCAACACCUUAUGGAGCAUCGUCGAGCAAUGGCGAAACACGCCACGGAUUACCGGUCGCAACAGCUACAUCAGCAACAAAGCCGACCGUAGAGCGAGAUGUGAUUGAUAGUAAUGGUGUGGCAAUGGUCACCUCUACUACCAUAUCCAGUGCAACUGCAAGUACCGCAUCUUUAAAGGAUCGAAUGAAGGAAAAUAUCAAACCAUCGCCAGUGGACAUAUCGCCGUGGUUAGUAUCAUCCGAUGUCGUUACUGGCCCGACCAAGCCCAAGGAGGCAACGAUUAUUCGAAAAUCGGUCAUUACAACGCAGUUGUAACGAAUAAUCCCUAGAACCCGGUGAGGUGAUACAGUGCGCAUUGGUACGAUAUUAAUUUAGGGGAGCUUAUUAUUUUAUAUGUGCAUAGAAAAAGCAAACACCACAUUCCUGUCAUUGUGUAUGUUUUAAUCGAUUACAUGUUUGUACUGGAUUUUCGCUAGUUCAUUAGAUGAGAGCAAAAAUGUACUUAAUAUGAAGCGCGUAGUGAGUGACUUUUGAUUGAUAAAUGAGCAAGAAAGGGCCUUUUUUAAUGACGAAGUAUAGAUAUACGUCAUCGUUAAUCAAAAGAAGAGAAGGGUGCUUGUUGGUAAUAUGCAAAAGACUUCGAUGGUUUUUUGUUUGCAAAUGUGUUCUUUGAGGCCGAGCAAAUAAAAGGGGGCAACUGCAUACUAGUAUUACAUGUGAUCUCAGUACAUUCCACUGUGGCGAAUACAGUCCCGAUCCGUUUCAACUUGGCUGAAUUGCACUCGUUCCUCACCGCAAACGCUAGCUACUGAACAGUAUGAAACUUUACAUCGAAUUUUAAACAGGUAAUAGUAAUAAGAGGGUGCCUGUCAGUGACACCAUAUUGUGCGACAUCCUCUCACGUGUUAAGAAUAAUAUGCAUAAUCUUAAUUCUGCAAACAUAAGUGCUAUGGAACGAAUACGAAUGCUUACUUUUCUGGUGUCUUUACUAUGUUCGGCAUCCCAUUUCCCGAUCAUCCAAUGUGGAAAAUGAGCUGAAAUUUUAGUAAUUUUGUUGUACGAUAUACUGCUACCGUUGGGGGUGUUUCAACAAGUGACCUUAUACAAUAAGCAAUGAUGAAGUAAGAAUGAAGGGAAGGAGAGCGAUUCGAUUGGAGCACAUUGUGCAUGCAUUUGAAAUGUUUCAGUAUAUAAUUUGCCUUGGCUUAUUUUUUCGCAUAUAAGUAGUAGCUGCAAUUGAGUGGGUGAAGCUGACGACGAUAGAUGAUUAGAAAAACCAAGCGCGGUUUGAAAAGAUAAUUAAUCAAAACUACAUAGUAACUAUGUGUGUGCCUCUGUUGUGUAAGCUGAAUAUAGCGGUAAAUGCUGACAAGUAGAUGCACGAUUUUAAUACCUGAAGAACUGUUCGAUAAAGAGAAUUUAUUCGAGUUGUUGAAUAAAAAAACUGUAUAAGUUA